AUGGAUAUUCAGCAAAUUGAAGCACGCUGUGCUGUCCUCUCAAUCGCCGAGGAGGAGAUAUCCGGGCUCUUGGCUCCUGAUCCUACACCGUCCGGGGCGUCGUCGGAUUUUCAUUGCUUGGUUGGGCGUUUCCUUACAGAGCGUCCGAUCAAAUUCGAUCAUAUGCUCCAGGUCAUGGCAUCCGUAUGGAGACCUGUUAUGGGUGUUCACGCGGAGGCACUGACGGAUGAAUUGUUUCUGUUCCACUUCCCUCACUCUAAGGAUUUGCAGAGGGUUCUCGAUGACGGCCCUUGGUCAUACGAGAAUCAGAUCUUUGUUUGCGAUCGGGUGCCGGCGGGGACCAGGCCAGAGGAUACCAAAUUGGAGGCUAUCGAUUUCUGGGAUCAAAUUCACGGCUUGCCCACUCUUUUUGCCUCAUCGGAUUUCCUGGCUCAGAUCGGGGAUUACGUAGGCUCCUUCAUCGCAAUUGACCCCGUUAAUUUUGGGGGUUCGUGGAAAAGCUUCCUUUGCAUAAGAGUCCGGCUACCGAUAGAUACACCUCUGAAACGCCGGAUGAAACUGUUGCGCAAGGACGGAUCAUCCCAGUGGAUAAACUUCCGGUAUGAGCGGCUGAAUGCCUUUUGGUUUUGCUGUGGGUUACUGGGCCACAUUGAUAAGUUCUGCCGGAAAGCAUAUGAAGAGAAUAUUCCCCCUGAAGAUUUCCCGUUCGGGAGCUGGAUGCGGGCGGGACCGCGGCGUCAGGUGCGUCAAGUAGGAGCGAGAUGGAUCCUGCAGUCCACAACACAGAGGGCACCGAUUCCUGAAGCUUCGGGUCCUUCUCCGUUAACUCUGGUCACAACAGUGGAAAGCGUGGGGCUACAGGGCGAACUGAAGCGGCGUCGUGAGGAGGAAGGGGCGGCCAGUAAUGGUACUACGUCCGGAGAGGAUGUUAUGAUGUCCGAGAACACCAAAAUGUCAAUGUCGGCGGGUCUGGAGUGCCAGGCUCGCCCAGGCCAAUGA